AUGGAGCUACCAAUAACAAGAAGUUCUGAAGCCUUCUUGCAGUUGUCGUCAGACCAGGUCACCCUCAGUGAUGGUGCCAAAGGGCGCCAUAAGAUCGGUGGCCAAUUCCAUGAAGAUCGGAUGAAAGAGCUGCAAAAAGUGAAGCAUGCUCUCAUAGAAAUGGCCCACGAAGAGGGCACCGACAGAGCAGUCCCAGCGGGAAAGAGCAUGAGUUUCCACAUGUCUACAGUUAUUGAGAUGAUCAACACUACCAUGAGAUCUUCUCUCGCCGAACAGCAUGACGCUGACAAGUCCGUCAUGGGACUCCACUUCAAGCAGUUCGAUACUUGUUUGUCGGCCUUGUCGUCAGGCCUCGCCUGGCCGAAUGCGAUACUGGUUGGCGGCAGCUACGCUGGGCAAGCAUACAGUGGGCUUGAUAUUGACAAGAAAGCCCACAAUGAUUGCCGACAGACGCAGAACGACAAGAAGUUGCUGUAUGACACGUGCAUCGACGAUGAGAGGAUGAGGUGGGAAGCUGUGAAGGCCGCCUGCGACGACAACUUCACAAAGUUUUACAGCACCGUGUCUGCAAAGUCAACUGGUGCAUGGCAGAAGCAGUGUGAUUCUCAGCUCGAGAUCUUCUCCAACACAGCUCCGGAUGCGGAUCCCUCCGGCUUGGUGGACCUUGGUGAUGUGGACACCGAAGGCUACCUGCUGGCUCAGUUCAAUUUCUGGGACAAGAAACUCGAGGCGUAUUUGACUGCGGAGGCCCUUUGCAAGAAAGCCACGGCUACAGCGGAGGCUGAGAAGGCCGACUGCAGCUCGAAGCUCGAGGACUUCUUCAACAUCUCCAAGCAGUGUGAUACAUUACAGGACAGCUUGGAUGGUAUGGCCUGUCAGCAGGCGUUGGCUAGGCAUACCAAGUGCUCUGACUAUGACACGUGCUUUACCACCGCGGAAUCGUCCUGGAAGACGAUUAAGCAGACCAUGUGUGGUGCCUCUGGUAAAGAAGGGGUCCUCCAGGAGGAGCUGAUCAUGAUCGAGCAGAUCGAAUGCAUCCUUGAUGCUGUCACAAAGCCCAACGGCACCACGCAGGUGGCAAAGUGUCUCAACAAUCCUCCAAAGCGGAGCCACGCGCUGCUUUUCCCGCAGUGUUCCGAGGUGGUGCCGUCCAAGAACGAUAUCCAAAAUUGCGGCAACCAUCUGAAGCCGGGUGACGAUGCAGACAUGCCGGGCACCAAACCAUACGUGGAGAAGUACUACACGGGCCCUGAGUCGAGCCCGACUGGUUAUCCCCUUCCGGCAGUGAGCGAGUAUGAGGACUCCAACCAUGCUCCGCCGGUAGAUGUGAAGGCCUGUGUGGCAACAUGCUGCACGAAGCCACCUGCAGCUGCUGACAACGCUCGUGGUUUGGACAAGCGCCCUCAGGACUGUGGAUUUUGCGGUGGCUUGCCCUGCAAGUACUGUGAUUCGGAGGGCUGCUGUUCAACGCAAGUGGACGGUGGACAAUGCAAGAAAAAGAAUCCGUACGCAGCGGUUACGUGCAAGGACGAGCGCCAGGACGCCAGCGAAGCAAAUGCCACAAAUGUCACCAUGCAGGUUCGCGUGGCGGCCAUCGAGGCUGCGCUCAUGGCCAAGCAACGUGGUGAGAUCGUCCGAGAUCAGGCAGCCGGCGCCGGAAGGGCUGCCGCACUCAUGGCGCGGUCGCUGGGUCUGAAGGUGGAGGAGCAAGCUGCUAUGGCGGCUGCCGAAGCUGCCCUUGUGGCUGUCAAGGCAGCGCAGACUCCGCAACAGCAGAUGGAAGCUGCUGCCAACGCAGCCUAUGCAGCUGUGGAGGAGGCGGCCAGCAGCUUCUUUGGCCCUACGGCUGAUGCCGAAAGCAGCGGUCACAGCAAAGCAACGGCAAAGAUGGCCGAGGAAGCCGCGUUGACGGCUGCUGUGAAAUCAGCCCUCGCGGCCGGCAUGAGCAAGGGAGAGGCCGAGGCCGCGUCGGCCGAGGCG